GGAGCCCUCUUCUCGCCUUGGCCAGCUGCAGGAGAGAGACCUCGCUUCCUUUUCCUCCCUUUCUCUCUCUCUCUCUAGUCUUUUCUGCCUCCCCUUCCUCUGCUUUGGGUGCUGCUUGCCUGCCUGCCAGCCCUUGGGGGGAAGUGGAGCUCCUGCUGCUGCUGCUGCUUCUGGCCCAGGAGGAGAGAGGGUGAGUGGGGCGGAGCUGAGGGUUGCCUUGGCCGGCCCUGAGCAGCCCCCGAGAAAGCGGGAAGAAGGAGAAGAGCAGCUGCCAAGCAAGCAAAGAAAGAAGGAAAGAAAGAAGCCUGGUAAGGGGACUUCAGGGCAAGCCCCAAAGUGUGUGGGAACUUGGACACCAACCAAGAGUAGAAUGGGGAAACAGAACAGUAAAUUAAGACCUGAAGUUCUCCAGGAUCUCCGAGAGAAUACUGAAUUCACAGACCACGAGCUUCAAGAGUGGUAUAAAGGCUUCUUAAAAGAUUGCCCAACUGGCCAUUUGACUGUUGAAGAAUUCAAAAAGAUAUAUGCUAAUUUCUUCCCCUAUGGUGAUGCCUCGAAGUUUGCAGAGCACGUGUUCCGUACAUUCGAUACCAAUGGCGAUGGGACGAUUGACUUUCGGGAAUUUAUCAUUGCGCUGAGUGUCACUUCCCGAGGAAAGUUGGAACAGAAGCUGAAAUGGGCAUUUAGCAUGUAUGACCUUGAUGGCAAUGGCUACAUCAGCCGUGCUGAAAUGCUUGAGAUAGUGCAGGCAAUCUACAAAAUGGUGUCUUCUGUAAUGAAAAUGCCAGAGGAUGAAUCUACUCCAGAGAAACGAACAGACAAAAUAUUCAGACAGAUGGACACAAACAAUGAUGGUAAACUAUCUCUUGAAGAGUUUAUUAAAGGUGCCAAGAGUGAUCCUUCUAUCGUGCGGUUGUUACAGUGUGAUCCAAGCAGUGCAAGUCAGUUUUAAUUAAACUCUGGACAGUUUGCAAAGAAAAUGACUGGCUUGUUCAAGCUUUGCUCGUAAAUGGAUGCCUUCUUAACCAUUCCUCAGUGGUUAGAGGAUGAGACUCUGCUGCCAGAUAUCUGUGUGUCCAAGUGAAAGACAGCCUCACUCCUCGCACCAACAUUGAUGCAACUCCUCCUCCAACUUCCACAAGUUCAUCUUUUCCCUCCCUUUCUGUCCAUGAUAUUUUCACUUCCUCUACACAUCUAGCAUAACUCAAGGAUAUGUUUACAUUGCAGGUUAAAGGGGAGUUAUUCCACAUCACUUGGUUAAUAUGAACAGAUGACUUUGACGUAUCCCCCUAAACGAAAUACUGUGCCCAGCACAGCAAUGGCAAACGAAAGGCAAAUUAUUUGCUUCCCAGAAAACAGCUAUGAAAUGUGGAAUAGAUUAAGUAAAAAUAUAAUAAAAUUUAAAAGCAUGAUACCGGUUUCCUUUCUAUAAGGAAAAUUGCUUGCACUUAAUGUAAUGGUCUUUCCAUUCUAUUAAAUAUAUAAAUAUAUAUAUAUAUAAACUAUAUAUAUAUGGUGAAGUAAAAUUUUAAUAUUUAGGUCAUAUUUAAUAUAUCAAGUAGAACUCAUGCUUUAUUUCUUGUUGUAUGUGAUUAUUUCAGUCUUUUUUUUAAAGAGAGCGAGAGCGAGAGAGAAUUGUUAUAUUUAUGCAUAGCAAAGUUGCCUAUAAGGCAUUGCAUGACUAACUGUUUGUGAAUAUAACAUUGUUUUAAUUACCAAUUGCAACACUUUGUUUAUUUUUACUGUUGAUUGAUUGAGCAUUUUAUUAUGUUAAAAUGAAAUUAUGUUAUGAAAUCUAAAAGGAAUAAAAUUGUACUUCUGUGUUUCUCAGUGAAGUGCCACUCCUUGUGGCGGCAGCAGCAUUUGACAUGGCUUUUGAGUGAGGUGAGGUGAUUUGACAUGCGCUUACUAUGGCCCUCCUUCUUUGUUGAUGUCCAUCUCUGUUAAUAGUCCUGUGCAUUCCAGUGUUAUUUAAUAUCUGCCUAAAACCAAGAAACGUCAGUUGAAAUAAAGACUCAUUUUCUUGUCA